UCUCUCUCUCUCUCUCUGAGUUAGAGUCUCAAGAGAUAUGGAACCUGCUGAGCCCACAUCAACCUUCAGCAACCCACCACCACCAGAAACACCAGUAUUGGAGAAUGAUGAAGCAGAAUACGGCCAAUAUGACGGUGAUGAGUAUCUGAUACCAAAACCAUCAGAGUGGUUCCCAAAGCUUGUAUCUUUUCAAGCAGAUUUAAUUUACAACUGCAUGGCCACUCUGUCUGCCCCCAUUUUCUCCCUCUUGUCUGUGGCCUCUGAUUCUUACCACCAAGUCGAGCAGACCAAAGACAACGUUGAAUCCGCCGUCCACCAGGUUCCCUCUACCCUCACACAUGGCAGCACCAUCCUCCUCAAGAAGCUUGGUUUUGGGUUUCUUGGGGCUGCUUAUGUCUGUAUGGUUUUGGUCAUGGUUUUGAUUCUAUCUUUUAUUUUGGGUGUUGGGUUGGUCAAUCUUUGGGUGGAGGAGCCUGUGUUUGUGAGAGACAGGUUGCACUUUGAUUACACUGACCCUCAUCCAACGGCUGUCUUUGCUUUUGGUGGGGUUCCGGUUGGACACACUUUUUAUGUCUCUUUGGUCCUAUUAAUGCCUGAAUCUGAUUUCAAUAGAGGCAUUGGGGUGUUUCAGAUGAGUGCAGAACUAUUAUCAGUGAAUGGUGAUGUGAUUGCAAAGUCAAGCCAGCCCUGCAUGUUACGAUUUAGGAGCCUCCCGGUUAGACUCUCACGAACAUUUCUUAUGGGCGUACCGUUGCUACUAGGAAUCUCUGCAGAAACCCAGAAGUUAACCAUCCAAAUACUCGAGCAUAAGGAAGGGCAUUUUCCAAGAACCCAAGCCAUAAGAGUAACUUUAUUCCCAAGAGCUGGAACCUCGUAUCUUCCCCAGUUGUACGAGGCUGAAAUUUUGUUGAAUUCCCAGCUGCCUUGGACGAAACAUGUGGUGCGCAGUUGGAAGUUGACUUUUUUCGUCUGGACCGCUUUAUAUAUCUACGUUUUGUUCCUCAUAAUUCUCAUACUUUUCUGCAAGCCACUCUUGCUGCCAAUGACAAUGAUCACAGCUACUGCCGCAGCAAAUGUCAGUGACCAAAGUUACAUCGAGACACAAUCACAAGCCACAUCUCGACCACGACCACGACCACGACGACGCCAUAGUAGGGAAUCACAAGCCGCAUCUAGAGAUGUUGAAAGUGAGGAUGUUCAAGAGUUGUUGAGGAAAUGGCAACGCAGCAGAAGCAAAAGAAAGGCAAUGUAUUUGCAACCUGGGGAUUUGGAUUUGGGAGCUGCAGAAACUAUUGGCUCAUCUGCAGCCUCAACAAUUAGUAUUACCAGAGAAGAUGCAAGUGUGGCUGCUGAGGAUGUAGGGGACUCGGAAUCAGUGUGUUUAUAAGGCUUACGAGAGCUGGACCUUAAGUUGAAUCUUGAAUGUACUUGUUACCUUCAGUUAAUUUAUAUGACUAAGUUAUUGGG